AAUGAACAAAUCUUUAUUACUUUUCAUCGGCCUCUUGGCAACAACAUAUGCUGUUACAUUUGAUGCAUCUAUGCAUUGUGCAUGUGAAGAAUUGAAUUAAACAGAAUGCACAAAAAUGAUGGGUUAUUGUAAAUGGACAAGUACUUGUGAGACAGUUGAAUAUGACUUUUCUUGCUCUUCUCUUCCUUAAGCCAAUUGUAGUGGAAAAUCAACAGGAUAUUUAUGUGCUUGGGAAACUUCAGAAUGUGUUGAAAAAUCAUAUUCAUGCUCAGAUUUCACAGCAGCUGAUGAUUGUCCAAGAUCUCUAAAGUGUUACUGGAAUAAAUCAGGAAAAUGUGCAGAAUUUUCAUCAUGUGCUGAUUAUGAUGAAAAUAUAUGCUACAGAGUUACUGGAUGCAAAUAUAUUUCUGGUGCCUGUGCAUCACUUACCUGUUCUUCAAUCACAGCCGAAAAUGAAUGCUAUGGUUAGGAUUCUGAAACUACUGAAUGUGAAUGGUCAACAAAUAGCAAAUGCGAAUCAUUAUCUGUAUCAGCUUCAUGCACAGACUUGAAUAACUUUUAAAAAAAGUGUGAAAAUGAGGGCUGUAAAUAUGCAACAAAUUCAUGUUCUUUUAAGACAUGUGCUGAUAAUACUGGAGAAUAAGAAUGUAGAAUUUCUAAAUCAGGUGAAAAUGAAAGAACAUUAUGUGCUUGGGAUGGAUCAAAAUGUGCUGAUGCAGCUGAUACAAGUAAGUUAACAGCAGAAAAUUGCUUUUCUUAAUCUUAUUAAAAUUACAGAUGGACAGCUGAUGGAAAAUGUGAAGAAUGCAGUGACUUAGUAUCAGAAGGCAGUUCAAGCAAUUCUGUUAUUCUAUCAGUAUUUGUUGCACUUGCCUUUAUCGCUUGAG